AUGUCUUUUUAUAAAGUCAUUUGUCUCCUUUAUUGUAUUACUAUUCUGACACCUUUGGUUUCGCCCACACCUUUUUGGAAUCAAGAGCUUAUUGAAUCUCGCGCAUCGGGGAAUCAUAAUCCAAAAACAAAUACUUUUGAUCUCGUUCUAAAAAAGGUUAACCUCGCCCCGGAUGGAUUUACUCGUGUCGUGUCAACGAUCAAUGGCCAAUAUCCUGGACCAACUAUCGAAGCCAACAAGGGAGAUCGCAUUGUAAUGAAUAUUCACAAUGAGUUAGAGGCCCCAACAGCAAUCCAUUCUCACGGAAUGUUUCAAAGAGGGACCCCAUGGUACGAUGGAGUACCAGGGCAGACCCAAUGUGAGAUACCAAACAAUUAUACAUUUACCUACAAUUUCACGGUUCCCGACCAAGCUGGUACUUACUGGUACCAUUCGCAUGCGUUAACUCAAUAUGUUGAUGGAAUUGUUGGAGCGUUAAUUAUUCACGAUCCUGAUGAUCCGUAUAAAGCAGAGUAUGAUGAGGAAAUUCUUGUCAUGUUGACUGAUUAUCAUCAUACGGAAGCUCAUAUUUUAUUAAAAUCAUUCUUGACCCCUGAAAGCGAAGUUCCCGAUAAUGGAUUGAUAAAUGGAAAAAAUAACUACGAUUGUUCCAAAGCUCCACCAGGUUCUACAUGUGUGGAUAAUGCUGGUCUCGCUAAAUUCGAAUUUGUUUCUAAUAAAAGAUAUCGUCUUCGCAUCAUCAAUACCAGCGCUUUUUCAUCAUUCUUCUUUUCAAUUGAUAAACAUGUGAUGGAGGUUAUAGAAGUGGAAGGUUCCUACACCAAACGAAAUAAAAUUCAUCGUCUUCCUAUCAAUGUUGCACAAAGAUAUUCCGUCAUCGUUACUGCAGAUCAACCCGUUGACAAUUAUAUCAUGCGUUCAGAAUUUCAAAAGAUGUGUAUGCCGGAUGAAGCAAUUUCACUUCCUGUUGUAACGGCUAUAGUACAUUAUGAUGGUGCGCCUGAGGAUUCUGUUCCAAAAGAUAUACCGUGGACGGAUUUCUUGGAAGAAUGUAUUGAUCUGGAUCCAAAAACUUUACAACCAUUAUAUGAAGAAAAUAUUCCUGAAGCAACAAGAGAAAUUAAACUUAACAUUGCGUUUCAUAAAGAUUCAUUAGGCAUUGAUAAGGCUUUUCUUAAUGAAUCUACUUAUGUUCCUGAUUUUACCUCGUCGACUUUGACUAAAAUCUUUGAAGGAAAAGCAGCUAAUCUUUCCACUGCCGAAAAUGCGUUUACUUUUAAUACUUUUGGAGAAGUUGUUGAUAUUUAUUUUAUUAAUACUGAUGACGGAGAACACCCGUUUCACAUGCACGGGCAUCAAUUUUGGUUACUUGGAAUUGGUAAUGGAACAGAAGUUGAUAAAUCCGCACUGAAUACGAUUAAUCCCAUCAAACGUGAUACCUCAACAAUACCUAUCAAUGGGUGGUCAGCUUUGAGAUUUGUUGUGGAUAACCCUGGAGUGUGGGGACAUCAUUGCCAUAUGUGGCAUAUGCAAGUAGGACUUGUGAUGCAAUUGAUCGAGCUACCGGAUGAAAUUAUUAAAAUGUACCCACCUGAAACAUGGUCAGAAUUAUGUGAAUUGAAAGAAACUUUGGGAUAUUAG